GCCGCGUUCUCCCGGUAGGCCCCGCGGCGCGCGGCGUUUAAACGAACGGCCGUUGCCCGACCGUGCGUGCCGCUGCUGGGCCGGGAGCGCCGCGCUAUGGACCCGCGGGUUUACCGCUACGUUUGCCCUGGGCGCGUUGUCAACAUCCAGCGCAGCAACGGUCUGAUCCACAAAGCGACGGUGAAGGAGGUGAACCUGCAGCAGUCCUCCGUGUCGGUGGAGUGGUGCGAGGCGGGCGUCGUCAAGGGCAAGGAGAUUGAGAUUGAUGAUGUGAUAACAAUAAAUCCUGAGUUAGCAGAAGAGCUACCUACUGCAGAAGUGAAAGAGAACUUCCCUUUGCAAGAGAAUGUAACCACACAGAUACAGAAGCGUAGAUCAACUCUAUCAAAAAUUCCUGCUCCACGGGAAGUUGCAGCAGUGACAUCUAAUGUCUCUGCACCUGAGCAGAAGAUUGCAGCCGUGCGUGGCCGCUCUAGGAUGUCUGUCAUCACAGAAUCUCAGCACAACCUCCAGGAAAAUGAGAUGGGAGUGGAUCCCCGUGCUUCUACACAAAUAAGAAACAACUUGGCAGUUCCUGCUGGCCGAACCAGGGCUAGUAGGCUGCGCUGUGCUCCAGAAAUUGUGCUUCCAAAUGGAAAUGGCAUUACAGAGGAUAAUCUGCCUUCUGCUAGAAUAAGCUCUUCACAGAGCCCAGUUCGGAGAAAAUCUAACAUCGUGAAAGAGAUGGAGAAGAUGAAAAACAGGAGAGAAGAAAAGAGAGCUCAACUUAGUGAAAUCAGGACAAAACGUGCACAGGAAAUCGACAGCAGUUGUCCGAACUGGGAGUUUGCACGGAUGAUCAGGGAAUUCAGAGCAACUUUAGACUGCCAGCCAAUAUCCAUAUCUGACCCAAUAGAAGAACACAGAAUUUGUGUGUGUGUUAGGAAGCGCCCCCUGAAUAAACAAGAAAUAAACAAAAAGGAAUGUGAUGUGAUUACUGUUCCAAGCAAGUGUGUCCUGUUGGUGCAUGAGCCAAAGCAGAAAGUGGACCUAACAAAAUACCUCGAAACCCAAACAUUUAGAUUUGACUUUUCAUUUGAUGAGUGUGCUUCUAAUGAAAUGGUAUACAGGUUCACUGCUAGGCCUCUUGUACAGACAAUCUUUGAGGGUGGAAAGGCAACGUGUUUUGCAUAUGGUCAGACGGGCAGCGGCAAGACGCAUACUAUGGGUGGAGACUUCUCUGGGAGAGCACAGAAUGCCUCAAAGGGCAUAUAUGCUUUUGCAUCACAAGAUGUCUUCUUUCUUCUAAGCCAGCCCAGAUACAGGAGUCAGGACCUGGAUGUCUAUGUGACUUUCUUUGAAAUAUAUAAUGGAAAGGUGUUUGACCUCUUGAAUAAGAAGGCAAAGCUUCGAGUCCUGGAGGAUGGCAAGCAGCAGGUUCAGGUUGUUGGUCUGCAAGAGAAACAAGUCAGCUGUUCUGAAGAUGUCAUCAGAAUGAUUGAGAUGGGCAGUGCUUGCAGGACAUCUGGGCAGACUUUUGCAAAUGCUAGCUCUUCACGGUCACAUGCCUGCUUCCAAAUCAUACUACGUCAGAGAGGGAAAUUGGUUGGCAAAUUUUCCUUGGUGGAUUUGGCAGGAAAUGAGAGAGGUGCAGACACAUCUAGUGCUGAUCGACAGACACGAAUGGAAGGUGCAGAAAUCAAUAAAAGCUUGCUGGCUUUGAAGGAAUGUAUCAGAGCUCUAGGCCAGAACAAAUCUCAUACUCCUUUCCGUGAAAGCAAGUUGACCCAGGUGCUAAGGGACUCUUUCAUAGGAACGAACUCAAGGACCUGUAUGAUAGCAAUGAUUUCUCCAGGCAUGAGUUCAUGCGAGUACACCUUAAACACACUGAGAUACGCUGACAGGGUGAAAGAGCUGAGUCCUCAUAAUGGAGGUGGUGAAACACAGAAUCAAAUGGAGAUUGAGAAUGAGGAAACAGAAAUGAGCGGAGGAAACGUAGGUCUUCAAUGCAGUCUGUCCAAGGAUGAGGAGGAAGAUCUCUCUCCCCACCUGUUUAGUUUCCGUGAAGCUAUGAUUCAAAUUGGUGAACGGGAGGAGAAGGUUGUAGAACAGCUUCGAGAACUGAGACAGAAAAUGACAACUGAACUUGACUACCUCCUGGGAAUCGCAGAACAACCAGACUACGACCUUGAGAUGUUUGUGAGCAGAGCUAAGUACUUCAUAGAAGAGAGCUCAAGAAACUUUCUUAGUGCCAGAGAAACACUGGAUGCUCUGGAAGCAGCCAUGCAACUAGAGGAGCAAGCCAGCAAGAAGAUAAGAAAGCAGAGGCAUCAGUAAAUACAGCAAAACCUGGUUUGCAAGCAAUCUUCUGUAUGUCUUGCAUGUUUGUUGGUGGUUUGUGUAACUACUAUUAAAUGCAGUAGGGUGCCUGAGAGAAGCAAACACGGCAGCCUAUCUCUCUUUGUCUUGUAUCAGGGUACUCUGUAGAGACUGCUAGAAACCUCCCCUUCAAGGCCUGGGGGAGAAGAGGGCUGAGAGUCUGCUAGAUAUGUUUCAUAUCUGGUCCUUUAUUAAUGACAAUGGACUUCUAUUAGAGAAGUAGAUACACAUAUAUAACUUUCUAAUGUACGUGUAACUUUGGAUUCCAGAUGCGCUUGAAAACACUGCAAAACUUUUCUAGGAAGAAAAUGGACUAUAUGUAAUUGUUUAAAAAAAAUAAUCAGUAUUUUACAAAGUUUUUUUUUUCAAUUAAAUAAAAGUUCCUGUAUUUAAUUAACUUCAAUCUUAAAACAUUUCUUGCUGAUUUUGCUAAAGUCUUAACAGUCCCUGAAGACUGUCUAGUGCUGCAGAGGUACCCUAAUUUCUUGGAGUAGUUUUAUUUGUGAAGUCUUUACACUUGUAAUGUUUGCAUAAAAAUAAUUUAAAAUAAAUGUUCUCUUUUAAUUGA